UGACGUCACAAACUAAGAUGGCGCCUGGAAUGGUAACGGUGACUGAGAAAUUAUGCGAAAAAAGUUCAUUUUAAUAACGGAUUCUAAAGAAAAUGGGUGGAUUACAGAAUAGAUAAAUGUUGGCUGAAUAUUCAUAAGAUAAAGAAGCUGCAGCAGGGUUAUUGGUCAUCACUUUUUUCUGUUUGAGGUGUGGGGAGAUUGGACUCCCCAAUGUUAAGUGCCGUCCAAAUGACCGAUACAAUGUCUAGGCGCCCCUACCCCAACAUAAAUGUAUCCGCCUCCCAAACUCACAAAGAUGUCACGGACGAACGAUACCGAGAUCUACGAAGGCCGAGGAAGGUAAGAUUUUUCGUCAAUGGCGACAGGUACUUUAAGGGGAAGAAACUGUACAUUACCCCUCAUCGGUACUUCAAUUUCAACGACCUGUUGAAUGACUUGACGGGGAAGUUGCCAUCGAAUUUAAACCUUCCUUAUGGGGUGCGUCAAAUUUUUACACCAGUGAGUGGAAGAAGGGUUACGGAAAUCGAAGACUUGGCAGAUGGAGAAAACUACGUCUGCGCUGGAUUUGAGGGAUUUAAGAUCAUCAAGUAUGGCAAGGCUGAGCUGGAACCAUGGUCUGUGGAACAAAGCAGAAGAAUUCAAAAUGAGGUUCUAAACGACCGUAGAUCAUCAAAAUAUGCUCGACCACACAACCAUGACUUCGGAGAAACAGAAUCAAACGUGGGGCCUCAUCAUGGGGCAUACGGGAGAAAUAGGGGAAUGUAUGGAAGUAACGCAUUUCACCCAGGGCGGUUCUUCCACGGAACUCAACCACAUCGACGCUGGGCGGGGACAUUUGGCCACGCCAACAGAAACACUUACUUACCAAACGCUGAUAACAUUCCACUCAAGCCAAAAGUUGUCACAAUAGUCAGAAAUGGACACAAACCACGAAAUAAUGUGAAAAUUCUCCUCAACAGGAGAAGUGUACAGUCAUUUGAGCAACUUAUGGCCGACAUUUCGGAGGCCUUUGGACCAAAAUAUAAAAACAACAAAGUGAAGAAACUGUUUUCAAUUCGUGGGAGGGAAGUUCAAGGAAUUUCGGACUUUUUCCGUGAUGAUGAUGUGUUUAUUGGAGUGGGCACAGAAUCUCUUACUGAUUCAGACAUUGUUGAUAUUGUGGAGGAGGUGUAUCCAGACAGCUCAAUGGCAAAAAGUGUUCUCCGAGAGCUGGAGAGAAACAAGCGUAAACACAGGAACCUUGCAAAACAGACACAGGCCGAUCACGAUGCAGACAAGCGAGACAGUGGCUUUGGAGAAGGGAGCGAUGGCAGCAAUAAGGAACAGGAGGGAGAUUACGUCCUGUAUAAGGGCAGGCCUCACGAGAAGGGUAAGCGAAGACAUGACUAUCCCAAGGAGUAUGAACUGGCUGGGAAGUUAGAACAAGAGAAAGAUAAAGCUGUCCAGGAGGAACGAGACAGGACAAAGAAGAGGCAACAGAAGAUGAUGGAAACAGAACGAAGGGCCCUAGACGAAGAGAGACGGAAGAGAGGACUGGUUCCCAACAAACCAGAGGAUCCCUUCAAGAGGAUAAAGGAACAGAAGGAGAAGGAAAAGGAAGAAGCAAGGAAGAAGAAGGAGGAAGAGAGACUGAAGAGGUUGGAGGAGGAAGAGAAGGAAAAGCAGAGGAAAGAACAGGAAGCAAGAGAAAAGGCCAUCCAGGCUGCCAGAGAGAGACAGGCAGCUGCCGAGAAAGCCGAGAGGGAGAAGGCAGAGAAAGAAAAGGCAGAGAGAGAAAAGAUGGAGAAGGAAAACAAGGAAAAGGCUGAUAAAGAAAAGGAGAUAAAAGAUGCUGCUAACAAAGACAAGACUCCAAGAGAUCAGAAGGCAGAAGCUGUCAAUAAGGAAAAGACUCCCAGGGAUCAGAAGCCAACCAAGGAGAAAACAGACCCAGCCCUAAAGGAGAAAGAAAAGGAGAAGGCAGAGAAAAAGCGAAAAUCAAAAUCUAAGAUUGUACGCAAAUCUAAACUGGAGCGGCAAGUGAGCAGUGAUGAACACGUUACUAAUAAGUAUGACUUAGGUCGGACUCUCGGUGAUGGGAACUUUGCUAUUGUGAGACAGUCUAAGUUAAAGUCGGGUGGUGGUGAAUAUGCCAUGAAAGUGAUAGACAAGCCCAAACUAAAGGGCAAAGAACACAUGGUGGAAAACGAAAUAGAGAUUAUGAAGGACUGUCACCAUCACAACAUUGUCAAGUUGUAUGAGGAAUACGAAACAUCAGACAAAAUCUACCUAGUCAUGGAGCUUGUCAAGGGUGGAGAUCUGUUUGAUGCCAUCACUCAGAGUGUCAAGUUUGGAGAAGUGGAUGCCGCUCACAUGGUCAAAGAUUUGUGUAACGCUCUGUUCUACCUCCACUCUCGCUCCAUUGUCCACCGUGACCUCAAACCAGAGAACCUUCUUGUACACAGAAACAAGGAUGGUUCCAUAUCUCUAAAACUGGCCGACUUUGGAUUAGCUAUGGAUGUAAAGGAGCCUAUUUAUACAGUGUGUGGGACACCUACAUAUGUAGCUCCAGAGAUCCUGUCAGAAAUAGGCUAUGGAUUGGAGGUAGACAUGUGGGCUGUGGGGGUCAUUACGUACAUUUUACUGUGUGGAUUCCCUCCCUUCAGAAGUCCCGAUAGAAACCAGACAGAAUUGUUCGAGUUCAUCAAAGCCGGGGAAUAUGAAUUCCUAAGUCCGUACUGGGACAACAUCUCACCAUAUGCCAAAGAUCUGAUAGAGCACCUGUUGGUGGUGGACAAGAAGAAGCGCUACACAGCCAUAGAGACUCUCUCGCAUCCCUGGAUUUUAUGUAAUGGUGAUAUGUCACGGCCACCAGAUGCCAGCAAAAUAGAGGAAAUGAGAAAGAAUACCCGAAAAGAACUAGAACUGCAGGCUAAGCAUAACUAUGACUCUUACCAUAAACUCAAGGAAAAACGAAAGCAGGAACAACAGGCGGGGUCGUGAUCCCUGACCUGUAAUCACCAUAGUGAUGACUGCAGUGUUGUGUAGCCAUAGCAACAGAAGUUUGUAGAAACCAUUGAUUUUUUUCACUGUGCCAAGUGCUGUCAAAGUAUUCAUAUAAAGGACAGCAAACAAAUAUUUUCUGUUUGUGGACAUUUUCUUUUUAUGACAAAACUGACUAAUUUUAUUUUUUUUUUUUUUAAGAUUUUGCAUCGGGUGUAGCAUUGAUACUAGUUUGAGAAAUAUUACUUUGUAUAUACUUUUCAUGAAAAAAUCCCUUUGUUCUGAGAAGGGUUGUGCUAAAUAUGAUUUGUUUUAUUGAAUUUGAUAUUUUCUAUGUCUAUUAUUUUAUCAAAUGUAGAUCUGUGAUAUGGGAGUAUAAUAGUGUUUUCAGUGUUUGUUUGAAUGGAUGCAUGUUGAAAGUAUCCUUUCCUGACAGUUUCUUGCAAGUAGAUUUUUACAGUUAGUGAAUGUUGAAAGUUUUUAAGUUUAAUUGUUGAGUUUUUGUACAUUGUCUGCCUGAAACAUGAUAUUAAAUUACACAUUUAAGGUAAACUGUGGCAAAAAGAGCAGAAUCUAAAAUAGAAUAGAGGAAAAGAAAUUCAGAUUUGUUUAUUCACCUGUAUUCAGAAAUAGAAAUUUAUUAACAUGAUUUUGGUAAAAAUGAGUGCAACUGAAUAUAUGUGUGUCAUAUGUAUUUUAUGAGGAAAGAUCAUUAUAUAUGUAUGUAAAUUUUCAAAGUCAGAAUUGUUUUAUAUAAGUACUAUUUUUAUUAAGUCCGUCCGCAUUAACUUGUUAAAUGUGUGGUGUUUUCAGCCAGUUGUUAUGUUUUUGUUACCUGUUUUUAAGUUUUUUAUUUCUACAUAUACUACAACUGUCCACAAUGGCCUCUACUUUUAGUACCGUCCAAGAAAAGUACUAUACUUUGCUAUGAAAAAUAAUUUUUCAUUGACAUUUUUGUGACACAUAUUGUUUAUAUUUAUAUUGAUUUUUUUCCUCAAUAAAUAAUUGCUCUCCCCUUAUGCAUGUUAUAACUGGGGUAUUUGCUACCGUAGAGUGUACAUUUGUCUCCCCUUAACAGAAUUAAACUGUGAUAAUUUCAAACGAACCAGCUUUUAUCUGUUAGUUAAUUAAAAUUUGUUGUUAUUAUUAGCAUUAUAAAAUAUUUUAACAAAAGAUACCAUAACUGAUCAUUUUAUACAUAUAUCUGUUACAUUGCAGCUGUGCUGUUUAUAAUUUUCAGUGUGUGUAUUCUCAUGAUGCUAUAAUUUCCAAUUUAUAUUUUUCUUGGAUUCAGACUGAGUACCAAAUGGAAAAAGUUUUUCUCCUCAGUUUGGGUUUUAUCUUUAUAGAUAGGGGGUAAAUAUUUGACUUGCUUGUAAUUGAAGUACAUAACUCCAUCUCUGAAUAGACAUAUACUGUAUAAACUUAAUAGAUAGAAUUGGGGAUUUCAGCAUUAAAAUAUUUAGACCCGUUAUUCAAGUAAAAUAAUUGUUAUCAGAUUAAAUUUAUAUUCAUCCUAGAUUACAUAAACAAUAAAUAAAAAUCUUUUAUGCUCAUAUAUACCCAAGCAUUUUUUUCUAAUAUACAGAAUUCAUUUCCUCAAUUUUGGAGGUGUAUUUUAAGAGAAACAUUUUCAACACAAUAUCAUAAAAAUAUAAUAGUAAAAUGUAAAGUUUCCUGCAUUAUUUGAUUAUAUAUCAAAUAUUGAUUUAUCUUUUAUUAGUCAAAAAUUAGGUUCAAUAUAUUCAUAGCUUAAGUUUAAUUUAAUGAAACUCUUUUGAUUUUCAUUUUUCUUUAGCCAAGCAAUACCUGCAUGAGAACAUAUUUUACAUGAAAUAAUAAAAACCAACUAUUUCCAUCCUUUUGACAUUCCAAUGUUAACUUUCUCACAUGUGAUAUGUAAAUUUCAUGUUAUGAAAUAAAUUCUUUUAUAUAUCA